UCGAUGAAUCCGUGGUCACACUGCCGCCAACACCAAAGCUGAAAAAAAUAAUUAAAAAACGCGAUUUCUCGCAAAAAACAACGCAAUAAUGUCCUAUCAGCUGUACCGCAACACCACCCUGGGCAACACGUUGCAGGAGAGUCUCGACGAGCUCAUCCAGUACGGCCAGAUCACGCCAGGACUGGCCUUCAAGGUGCUGCUCCAGUUCGACAAGAGCAUCAACAACGCCCUCAACCAGCGCGUGAAGGCGCGCGUCACGUUCAAGGCGGGCAAACUGAAUACCUACCGUUUCUGUGACAAUGUCUGGACGCUGAUGCUGAACGAUGUGGAAUUCCGCGAGGUGCACGAAUUCGUCAAGGUCGACAAGGUGAAGAUUGUGGCCUGCGAUGGCAAGAGCGGCGAGUUUUAGCCCUGUCAUUGGCCAGAAAAUAAUUAUAUUUAUAAGAUUUAUAAUUGUUAAGUACCCUUUAUAUCCAAUCCACCAUUGAUAAAGUGUAGACGACCAUCCAGGCAUUUCAAGCGUUCCCACUCGAACAACCA